CACAGCGAGGAGGGAGGAGGCGCGGCGCGCCAUGGUGUCGUGCGCGGGGCCGGGGCCGGGGCCCGGGCCGGGCCGGGCCGGGCCAUGAGCCGCCCGGGGAGCUGGGACAUGGACGGGCUGCGGGCGGACGGCGCGGCCGCCGGGGCGGCGCCGGCCUCGUCCUCGUCCUCCGCGGCGGCGGCGGCCGGCCAGUGCCGCGGCUUCCUGUCGGCGCCGGUGUUCGCGGGGCCACAUUCCGGGCGCGCGGCGGCGGCGGCGGCCGCGGCGGCCGCGGCGGCGGCGGCAGCCUCGGGCUUCGCCUACCCGGGGACCUCCGAGCGCACGGGCUCGUCGUCAUCGUCGCCCUCCUCGGCGGUGAUCGCCGCUCGCCCCGAGGCCCCGGGGGCCAAGGAGUGUCCCGCGCCGGCCGCCGCGGCCACCGCCGCCGCCCCGCCGGGCGCCCCCGCGCUGGGCUACGGCUACCACUUCGGCAACGGCUACUACAGCUGCCGCAUGUCGCACGGCGUGGGCCUGCAGCAGAACGCCCUCAAGUCGUCGCCGCACGCCUCCCUCGGAGGCUUCCCGGUGGAGAAGUACAUGGACGUAUCCGGCCUGGCGAGCGGCAGCGUCCCGGCCAACGAGGUCCCCGCGCGGGCCAAGGAAGUGUCCUUCUACCAGGGCUACACGAGCCCCUACCAGCACGUGCCUGGCUACAUCGACAUGGUGUCCACCUUUGGGUCGGGGGAACCUCGGCACGAGGCGUACAUCUCCAUGGAGGGCUACCAGUCCUGGACGCUAGCCAACGGGUGGAACGGCCAGGUGUACUGUGCCAAGGACCAGCCGCAGGGCUCCCAUUUUUGGAAAUCAUCCUUUCCAGGGGAUGUGGCUUUAAACCAACCGGACAUGUGUGUCUACCGACGGGGAAGGAAGAAAAGGGUGCCUUACACCAAACUGCAGCUCAAAGAACUGGAGAACGAGUACGCCAUUAACAAGUUCAUUAACAAGGACAAGAGGCGGCGGAUCUCGGCUGCCACGAACCUCUCGGAGAGACAAGUAACCAUUUGGUUUCAGAAUCGAAGAGUGAAGGACAAGAAAAUCGUCUCCAAGCUCAAAGAUACUGUCUCCUGAUGUGGGCCAGCUUGGCCACAGACAGUUUAAAUGCUUUCAGUUGUCUCCAAAAAUACCUUUGGAAAGACUUGAAAAUGUAUUUAAUUUCCCCCCUUCCCUGCCUAGGAUGGCAAGCAUUGUGAAUCGGUUUCUCCCUCUCUUUCUCUCUCUCUCUCUCUUGACCUUUAUCUGGCUCUAAAACUUUUUGCUGCCCAAUCUGACCUUGUAAUUCUGUUUCUUACUUGCUUAUUAUUGUUUUGUUCUUGUCUAGAUUUGUUUUUUUAUAUAUAUAAUUUUUAAACAUUGUUUCUCCCUCCAGGCCAGUAUAAAAAAAACAAAAAAACAAAAACAAAAACUUGAAGUAUUUUUUUCAAUAAUCCCCCAAACUGUAUUUCAGAAGUGCCCGUUGGAUUUAGAGGUUUAUUUUUUAGCAGGAUUUUAUAUGUGUUCCCAGCACUGAUUAUGCUUAUAAUCCAUUAGGCCAGAAUCACUUCAGCCAUUUUGUACCCUAUGAUUGUGUAAUUAAAUCAUUAACUCUCAGAAGUUUCCCCAAGGCAAGUGGAAACAGCUCUGGGCACUCAGUGACUUAGAAUCAUUGGGAAAGUCUGAAACUUGGAGGUUGAGGGCACUGUAAAAUGGCUUUAAAAGCAGCUACCUUACUAAGAGUGAAGUGAAGACAAUCUCCCCUAUCUUUGGCAAGCUCCUUUGCUGUUUGUGUGGUUUUAGCAUGCCUCGUAGCUGUAAUCUUUUAAUCUGAAAACAGUUUUCCUCAUGAAUGCCUUCAUUUCUCCAACUCUAGAUGAAGCUAUUUAAAUACCUACACUUGGCAGAGUGACGCCUACAUGGCAUAAACUUUCCUUGGAUCUGUGGGAAUGGAGCUGAGGCCAUCUCCACAGUCCUUGGAAAGAGACUGAGCCAGUGUGGCCGUGGGUGGGAACUUCUCUCCAGAACCCAGUGAAAAAGUUAAUUGUCUGAACGCAUGGGCCUCUCAGAGCUUUAAAACAUCCAACACGUUUUUAAAAUAUGGAGCUCUAAGGAGCAAGAGGGAAAAAGACACUUCUGAAAGUGAUGCUGAACUACUUUCAAAAAAAAUGUUGCAUAUUUAUGCGACGGAGAGGUUAUUUUUGUAGAUGUUGUGAGCAUUUAAAACUCACUCUUUACUCCUAGGGAGAUAUAAAUAAACAGAACUCUCUUGUUCCACUGACUCUUCAGAGAUCUGUGUUUCUCAAGCUUGUGCUGCCCGUAGAGACAGUUCUUAUUUAUUAUAAAGUUUUGCUCUCCUCGGCAUCUGUACAUGAAGGGAAGCAGUUCUGGUCUCUGAAACCUCCAUUUUUUGUUCUCCAUUUCUGUCCACCCCCCCACACACAAACAGUGAUGCUUUCCAAUGAAGAGAUCAACUGUGAUGUCUAAAAUGAUCGGGUUUUUUUUUUCUUAACCAGAGCAAUUCAUUAAAAGUCAAUAAAUUUAUUUCUUUCAAUAGUAUCAA